AUGCCUUGGUGGGGCCCCGAGGGCCCUGGGUCCUGCGGGUGCCCGGCCUGGCUCUGGCCCCCAGGCUGCAGCCCCCUGCGGGCCUCAUGUCACCAGGCCGAUGCCGCCGUCCCAGCUGAGUUAAGCUCUGGGACACUCGAUGUGCUUCCCGCUGAUUCCUCGCUUUACCCUGCCGCAGGGGUCAGUGCCACGAUAGCCAAGCUUGCCAAAACCUGCACGCUCCGCAUCAGCCCGCAGAAGCUGAACUUCAUCGUCUCGGACAAAGCGGCCAGCGGAGGGGUGAGCAUGUGGUGUGAGCUGGAACAGGAGAACUUCUUCAGUGAAUUCCAAAUGGAGGGGGUGUCUGCGGAAAACAACGCCAUCUAUUUAGAGCUGUUGUCGGAAAAUUUAUCUCGAGCGUUGAAAACGGCCCAGAAUGCCAGAGCCUUGAAGAUCAAGCUGACGAAUAAACACUUUCCCUGCCUCACGGUCUCUAUAGAGCUGUUAUCUGUGUCGAGCAGUAGCCGCAUUGUGACACAUGACAUCCCUGUUAAGGUGAUUCCCAGAAAAUUGUGGAAGGAUUUGCAAGAACCUACAGUCCCAGUCUCCGAUGUUAGUAUUUAUUUACCAGCCUUGAAGACAAUGAAGAGCAUCGUGGAAAAAAUGAAAAACAUCAGCAAUCACCUUAUUAUCGAAGCAAACCUAAGUGGAGAAUUGAACUUGAAAAUAGAAACAGAACUAGUGUGUGUUACAACUCACUUUAAAGAUCUGGGGAACCCUCAGUCAGCCUCUGAAGAUGCCUCUCAGGAUAGAGACCCAGAGCAGAUGGCUGAGGUGCACAUAGAUAUCCGGAAGCUCCUGCAGUUCCUCGCUGGGCAGCAAGUGAAUCCCACGAAGGCCGUGUGCAACAUUGUCAGGAACAAGAUUAUCCAUUUUGAUUUGCUGCAUGAAGACGUUUCCCUGCAGUACUUCAUCCCGGCUUUCUCCUAGACCUCCUCGCGGCCCGGGAGCGAUGUGUCCUCAUGGCCACGCACAUCUGUACAUUUUACUUCUCUUCCCUCCGUGAUCUUUUAGCUAAAAAUUGAGUUCAUGGAAGACAGUUGGAUAAACAUGCUACUUUAUAUGA